AUGGCAGAUCCUUUAAGCGUCGCAGCCAGCGUCGUUGGUCUCCUUACAGCUGCUGCUCAAGUUUCCAAAAUCGUUGCGAAUGUCAUCAGUAAAGCUCGUCAUGCGCCAGAAGAAUGCGGACGCAUUAAGUCUGAAGUCGAUGAUAUUCGAAACGUACUUGUUACACUUCAAAUCUUUAUUCUCAAUCCCCGUCAGGCUUCACGGUCGCGAACGUCUCUGAUUAUGGUUGAACAAGUUGUCGCUACAUUGGCGGCUUGUGUCACUACAUUCUCAGAGUUGGAUACAUUUGUCACGGCUCUAGAAAAUGACACUACCAUUUUAGAUCGGCUACGUUGGGCAAGUAAAGCCAAGGACAUCCACGGCAUCCUUGUGCGGCUAGAGUCUCACAAAAGUUCCUUGACACUGAUGCUUACCAUAUUGACGUGUCAGAGCCAAGAUGAUGCCGAAAGCCGGGUGGACAGACUCUGCGACUUGGUAGAAGAGAUGCUACUCCAAAAUCCGACACUGAAACAGAGACUUGCUGCAUUGGAUACAGGUGGCCAAGCAGCGGAUCCUGGAGACACCAUAGAAGCAAGAUUGAACGAACUGAGCGCCGAAGCAACUGACGAGGGAGGAGAAGCUCCUCCCGCAGCAGACAGCCAACCUAAGUGGCAACGUAAUGCCUAUGGGUUCACCUUUGAGGAAGUCCUCAUGAGCUCGAGGGCUUAUCGCAUGGUGGCAAAAGACAAUUCUGAUGCUUUUUCAGUGAUCAGCUCCGCCGGCAGAACCGCAUCCUGGUCUAUGUUGUCUGGUCUCAGUCUCUCUGAAAUUUCACACAUUGGUAUUCAGGCCAUUCCAAUCUAUAUCACCGACAUUACAAACAAAGAGCAUUACGACUUUUCUCCAGGUGCGGGUAAUGUCGUACCAGAGACCACAACCGCUGUUGUGAAUCAUGGUGCAGCAAAGUCAUCUCGCCGGGAUCGUAUCAAGGGCUUGUUAUUAUUCCGAAACCAACCGCCUAAGACAACAAAGCUAGAGCCUGAACAUACGCCUAAGAUAUUCGGGGUUGCCGUUGUGACAAGUAUACGAUAUGCGAAUAUAGCAAUCAGUGUCGUUGAUGAGGAUGGACGCUCAUAUGUAUAUGGCUAUAUACCUAUCAUUGUUGGCAAAACCUGUGUUUACCUGAAAGAAAAAGCAAUGGACGUUGAGGAUAUCUUUGCGACCACCGGAAAUCCCGUGCGAAUGAGUGAACUCCAAACUAGAUUUGACUCGCCCGAUAGAUUUGGCAAGGGUUUAUCUUGGGACGGGUACACGGUCCAUGACGCAGCUGGGAUUCUUCUUCGCUAUCUCAAAAGCCUUCCCGAGCCAAUUAUCCCGUACCAACACUACAACAGCUUUGUUGACGAGCUGGGGUCAUUCAUCGACCGAGAUUUGUCACCAGAAGAGUCUUCCAAGGUGACAGACUUGGCUGCCAAUCUUAUGAGGGACUUGCCCCCACUAAAUCGUCAAUUGCUGGUAUAUCUACUUGAUCUGCUGCAUGCAUUUGAGAGUAAGUCUUCCGUUAAUAAAAUGACAACUCUCAGACUGGUUAGCAGCUUCCAGCCUUCCAUCUUGUCAGGGCCGCCAGAUAAGAUGGACUCUGAGGCACAUCAUGUCAGUGCUAAUGUAACAAUAUUGUUGGUAUCUCAUGAGGAAGAGAUCUUGGAAGCUAUUAACAAAACUCCCGCCGAAAGGGCGACGGGAACUUCCUUGGGGAAAUCCCGGUCGUUGUAA